AUGACCGAGCACCCCACCACCACCACCCCACCCACCCAUAAUGCUCCUGUGCAAAAAAAGGAGUGGUUAUGUCUCAACUGUCAGACCCAGCGGCUGAUGUCUGGAGGCAGUCUUGACGAUCCACCCCUAACCGUUCCUCAUCCGUCUCCCAAGCACCAGCCAAUGGGCUCGCCCCGUCACCAGGUGCCAACCAGCCAGCAGAGCCCUCUCCACAAACCUGCCAAUCAGCAAGGGCUCAAGACAGGCCAGGGCCAGAAACCGCAGACGGGAACUGUCAGUGGUGGACCAUUUGCACCCACUGCCGCCAAACAACUGACCGACACCAAGACCACCACACCAGCUGCUGCACCGGUACCAACCAAGGACAUCCAACAACAACCGAAACCCACAGAGACAAAGCCCAAGUCGGAGUCUGAGAACCAAACCUCCCAUAAGAAAGGAGAGCAGAUGACACCAGUCACGGAAAUUAAGAAGUCCAGGCAUUAUGAUGAUACCAAAAGCAGCAGUACCCAGGACUUGUCACGCAGCCCCCAAAGCCUCAGUGACACCGGCUACUCAUCUGAUGGCAUCUCCAGCUCCCAUAGUGAAAUUACAGGUCUAAUCCAAGAAGAGGAGAUGAAACUUAGCGAAAGGGGAAUCAGUGGGCGGGGCUCACCGCCAAGUCCCUCUGAAAUUACCAAGCUAGAGAGUUCCAUGAGGCCAUUGCUGGAGAAGAGUCUCUCUGAAGAUAAGGGAGACAGAAGGGGAAGAAAGCACAAAGAUUUGGAUGACAGAGGAAAGCAGCGCCCACGCUCCCUGUCAAUCCCACCAGAUGCAUAUGACUCCGACGAGGAAUUAGAGGACAUAAUGGAGGAAGAAGAAGAUGGAGGAGACUGGGAGAGUAAACGAAAGGAAGGAAAGGAGGAGAAGAGGGACAAGAAAAAGAAGGAAAAAGAGGCUGAACCCACAGAAAUGACUGAUGAGGAGUUCAUGCGGCGACAAAUAAUGGAGAUGAGUGCGGAUGAAAUGAAUGAGGAGGAGGAAGAGAUGGAGGAAGAGGAGGACGAGGAAGAUGAAGGAUAUGGCUACCAGAAACCCAAGAAAGGCCACCAUAAGCAAAUCAUCUCUGACUCAGGGAAAGAGAAGAGACGCCUUCAGCACCACUCCAGCAGUUUUGAGGAAGAAACUAAGAGCUCUUCUGAUGUUUAUAAAGGCUCAGUGGAGGAAGGUGAGGAAGAUGUGAUGGCAUCACAAGGAGGCCUGAGGCGCUUUAAAACCAUUGAACUAAAUAACACCAAUAGCUACAGCAGAGACAUGGAUCUGAGCAGUGAAAAUGAUCUGAGCCUUGAUCGGGAACCAGAACUAGAGAUGGAGAGCCUUACAGGGUCUCCUGAAGAACGUUCUCGUGGUGACUACUCAUCCACUCUGCCACCCACCUCAUCCUCAUAUGGCUCUGGCCAGUCUCCUACUUCCAUCUCAUCAAUGGAAGAGGACAGUGACAGUAGCCCCAGUCGAAGACAAAGACUGGAGGAGGCCAAGCAGCAAAGGAAAGCUCGCCACCGCUCCCAUGGCCCUCUCCUUCCCACCAUUGAGGAUUCUUCAGAAGAGGAUGAACUGAGAGAGGAGGAAGAACUUCUUAGAGAGCAGGAGAAGAUGAGGGAGGUAGAACAACAUAGAAUAAGGAGCACAGCACGAAAGACCAAGAGAGAUAAGGAAGAGCUGAGGGCUCAGAGGCGCAGAGAGAGGUCCAAGACACCACCUAGCAAUCUCUCACCCAUUGAAGAUGCUUCUCCAACAGAAGAGCUGAGACAAGCUGCAGAAAUGGAGGAGCUCCAUCGCUCCUCUGCUUCUGAGUAUUCCCCUCAGAGUUUGGACUCAGAGGCUGAGGGAUAUGAGUCAAAACUUUACAAAUCAGGCAGUGAGUACAACCUCCCCACGUUUAUGUCUCUUUACUCACCAGUAGAGAAAUCAUCAACAACAACAACAACUACCAUGGCACCGUCCUCAACUUCCAAACCCCUAAAGAGUGCUGAAGAAGUUUAUGAGGAGAUGAUGAGAAAGGCAGAGAUGCUGCAAAAACAACAGAAACAACAACAGCAACAACAGCAACAACAAGGACGGCAUGGGCAGUACUAUGAGGAGGAUAUAAAUGGACAAGGUUAUGAUGAUGAGUUUGAAUAUGAACAAGAACAAACAGGAUAUGACAAUGAGGCAGCAGAGACAGAAACUGAUAUUUAUGAGGAGAUCCGGCAAACAUCGCAAAACAUCACCAAGAUGCAGCAGGCCACUGAUGAGCAAGUAGAGAUUGAAAUUGAGAGCUCCUACCCAGACAAACAGCUCCUAGACACAGGCUCAGCCUUUGCUAAGCUGCUGGAGCAGAGCAAUGCUCUAUUGACCCCAGGCACAAGCCCCACCCAGAUCUCUGCUCCUGUCUCCUUUGCUGAAAGUGGAGGACGAAUCCCAGAUGUUCGAGUAACACAACACUUUUCUUCAAAGGAUGGACACAAAGAUAGGAUCAAAACCCAAGCAGGAAAGAAUGGAAUAACCCCCACAGUGGCUGCCACCACUAUUGCAGCUUAUGGAGUUUAUGCCAGAGAUGCAGUAACUAUUUCGCAGACUAGUUCAAGCCAGACUAUGACAUCUACUCAGUCCGGAAUACAUGUCCGACCCACAGCAGGGCCUGCCACAUCCUCAGCUACAGUUUCAAGUGUAUGCAGCAAGAUUGCAGAGAUUACCCAAGCUUACAGUCAAAGAGAGGUGAUCACAAGGAGGGUAGGGGAUGCCAGGGGUGUCCAAGUGCGAGACAGCUCAACAUCCUCCACUGAGAGAAUUAUUGAGCCACGUUCUCCCAAGUAUACAACUUAUUACAGAAGCACCAGUCCUCCUCUGUCUCCCUCACCACCACCACAGAGUCCCACUCGAUCACCUUCGAGAAGGAAUACAGCUGAAUUUUCCACACAGACAUUCAGUUCAGAAUUGCAAAUGGAUUCCGCUGGAUCUGGGCCCACAUCUCCAGUGAUGGCUCAGGGCACCCAAACAUCAAAUAGAGCAGUUUCCCCGCGGCUGUAUCGACAGCAUUCUUCCCAAGAUGCCCCAUAUUCCCCACCUCCAAGCCCGGCUAGACCAAGGACAGUCAAUACUGCAACGUCUCCUCUGUCUUCGCCCACUCGAUUUAGCCGCCAAUCAACAUUUGACACAUACUCCCCUUGUAACAGCCCCCCAGAUACGCCACCUUACCAACAUUCUCCUGACCGCAGCUUCUACCGAACACAAAGAGUGGAGAAGGUAAAUGUGGGAACAAGUAUGGUCACCACAACCAGCACUUACACCAGAGGAUCAGUGUCAAUGGAUAACAUCUCCCUCUGUCGAAUAUCUAAUGUUCCAGGUACUUCAAGGGUAGAGCAGGGCCAUAUGAUACAAGGUGGAAGUGUUGUGGACCUCAGAACAGCCACCAAACCAGCCCCUAUUAUCAUGACUGACCAAGGAAUGGAUCUUACCUCAUUAGCCACUGAAAGCAGGAAAUACCAUAGUGGAUCAGAGGGUAGCAGACAUUCAACAAUUGUACAGCCAAUGAUAAUGAACCUGAACACCCAGGAGACCAUCACACCAACCACUGUGAGUGUCACUGUGGCUGCUUCAAUGUUCAUGAUCCAGCCUCAACAGCCAGCCGUCUAUGGUGACCCACAUCAAAAUCGAAUGGAUCUGGGCCAGGGCAUGGGUUCUGCUGUGUGUCUUUCCCAGAACAAACCACAAAUUUCACCUCCAACUGACCCAUCAAUACCGAAAAUUGAUGCCAAACUGGAAGACCUCAGUAUCCAACAGAGAGAGCUACAACUACAACAAGAGAAGCUCCAGAAGCAACAAGAGAUCCUUGAGCAGCAGUUGCAUCAGCACCAUCAGAUGCAACAGCAUCAGCAACAAGCAUCGGCUUUAGCCAGGUACAACCUUACCGGCCAGGUUUCACCAUUAAUUAAAAAAGACAUGCUUGUCAGCCAGACAAGCACAACCUCAGCUGUGGUCAGUGCAGUAUCACCAGCCGUUAACGCUGAACUGUAUGGCACUGGUCCCAUAGAGCUGAAAGGUAAGCCCAGUCCUCCUGGUAUGAUGUCAGGUGGUAAAUCACCACAUAGCAUGGUAGUACAGAUGGAUGGAGGACCAGAGCAGGUCAGGGCAGUAACUCAGCUAGUGCAAGUCGAAGAAGGACAGGAUGCGCUGGAGCAGACUGGUGGCCAAAUUAAAUCUGAUAACCAACCAGCUUGCUGUGAUGUUGUUUACAGACUUCCAUUUGGUGGAAUCUGUGUCGGUGUUUCUGAGCAAGAUGGCAUAAGGCCUCCCUCUGCCCAACCUCUCACCUAUGAGUCUGACCAAGAAAGACAACCUGUAAGGUAUGAUGAAUAUCCAAUGGAUGGACGUAAAGCUUACACAUUACCUUUCCCUGGUAAGCUCCAGCCUUCAAUGUCUGAUACAAAUCUAGCUGAAGUUGGGCUACAGUCUUACCAAUCUAAACUAGAACAACACCUCCAAGGCACAGGAGAACUUGCCAUAGAUUUAACUGCCAUGAAACAUGGGUAUGGAGGGUAUAUAGGGAUGCAGUAUGGCUCCUACACAGAUUUACGUCACGGAGGAGACAUACCAGCCCAAACACUGCCUAUAAGGAGAUAUAAUUCAUUGUCUAACAUUAGUUCAGACUAUGGUUACUCUCCUCGUGACAUUGCUAACUUCCAAGAAGCAAACCUGGCUCAGUACAGUGCUACCACUGCCAGGGAGAUUAGCCGGAUGUGUUCAGCACUCAAUUCCAUCGAUCGGUAUGGAAGCAGCCCAGAUUUGAUGCAGUUUGGCACUCUGGGGAGAGGAACUGGGCCUGGGUCCUCCAGACUUGUAGCAGGUCUUGGCAUGAGACAAAACAUGCUAUUUGGACUUGAUGGGAAGCCAAUAUCCCACAGUCAAGCACUAACCAACCUUAUCAAUGCCAGGCAGGCCAGUCUCAGAGCCAUGUACCCUGCUGCUAUUAGGUCUUCUGAUGGUAUGAUCUAUUCCACCAUUCAGACCCCAAUUGCUUCUACACUUCCCAUUACAACCCAACCUGCAUCUGCUCUACACCCACUUCUGCGUGGGGUCUACAGGGCAUAUCCCUCUGCCAAUAUGACACCUGUGCCCUUAUCUAGUCUUACCAGACUUCCAAUGAGCCCAAGAAUUCCUGUAUCUGGACAAAAUCUAGUCCGUUACCCAGCACCAGGUCUUCUCCAAACAACAUCAGCCACUGCCACUACUGAUGCUGCAGCAACAGCAUUUGCACUAGUAGGUGCCCCCGUUUCUGUUUCAACUAGUAGCUCUUCAGUCCAGGAUGAACCAGUUUACCUUGGUAAAGGUGCCACAUUUACCUCAUCAUCAGCAGAAAUGAACUCAAUAGUAGGAACAGUUGUUAUACCAACACAACCACAGCAGCAGCAGCCAAUAAACCUGUCACAGGCACACCUGAACAGUCAACAACAACAACAACAAGUGACAACUGCUCAGCAGCAACAGCCGCCUCCUCCAGCAGCCCAUGCCUAUGCCUACUCUCAACCUCCACCAGGCCCGUCUGCCCCUUCUGGUGGUUUGCCAAUUGCAGGGGGUCUUCCUCCCUUUCCUCCACCAGGUGCCAUACACAAGGAGGGUGAAACAGAGGCAGAGAGGCUGCAUCGGCAGCAGGAGCAGCUUCUACAGAUGGAGAGGGAGCGUGUAGAGCUGGAGAAACUCCGGCAACUGCGCCUGCAAGAGGAGCUGGAACGGGAGAGGAUUGAGCUAAAGCACCACAGGGAGAAGGAGCAGAUGCUGGUGCAGAGAGAGUUACAUGAUCUGCAGUCCAUCAAGGAACAGGUUCUGCAUCAGCAGCAACAAGAACGUGAGAAACAACUCGUUCUCCAGAGGGUGCAGCUGGCUCAGCAGAAGUCCCAGCUUGACCAGAUCCAGUCAUUACAGCAUCAGCUCCAGCAACAGCUCGAAGAGCAAAAGAGACAGAAAACUGCUGUAGCUCAAGACAUGCCGCUGGACGUAAAUGGACAAAUAGGCUCCCGGUCCCUCCCCAACUCCUCAUCAGAGAUGUGUCUGAGGAGCCAGGAGGAGCACAUGGAGACCAGGAGUAACAUGAGGAAGCACAGCUCCAUGACCAGGCUGAGCAGGGACAGCCUGGACGGUGAUGGCGUGGUCUUCUACGGUUCCCCCCGCAGGAUUGUGGACAGCUGUGUGCAGACAGAUGAUGAGGACGGAGAAGAAAGGUACAUGAUGCGUCAUCGCACCAGGAGGCGCGGUCGCAGUGUUGACUGCUCUGUCCAGACAGACGAUGAUGAGGACAAAGCUGAGUCUGAGCACCCGGUCCGUCGAAGACGUUCCCGUUUCUCCCGGCACUCAGAGUCCAAUGCUACUGGCAGUAGCACCGCUGCCUCAACCAGUACGUCCAGUACAACCGACACUCCCAAGAUGGUGUCCUCCAGCAUAGCUGUUCAGACCAUCAGGGAAAUGUCUUGCCAGACAGAAGUAGAGCACCUAGGGAGAGUCUCCCCAGCGAUCCAUGUGACAGUACCAGACCCAAAUAAAGUAGAGAUUGUACACUACAUCUCUGGACCUGAGCGAACCCAAAAAGGACAGUCUCUAGCAUGCCAAACUGACCCAGAAGCCCAGUCCCAGGGUGUUGUAGCUCCACAGCUCAGUGUGCCAACCACAGUCAGUCCAUAUUCUUCCUCUACCAGUACCGGAACACAACAAUCCAGUUCUGCUGACCUUCUAGCCCAGCAGCGGCAGCAGCAGCACAUUGCAGCAAACGCAGCCAAGUUUGAGCGGCGUCGCCCUGACCCACUCGACAUCAACUACCAGCCUCACAACCACCUCCACAACGAGUCCAUCUCCAGCAUCAUUCGGCAGCAGCAGACAGUCCCAAAAUCUCCACAAGUCCUCUACUCUCCUGUCUCCCCAGUGUCCCCUCACCGCUCACUGGAGACAUCUCUCUCUAGUGAGCGGCUGAACAAGGCCCAUGUCACACCACAGCAGAAGUCCUACACAGCCGAGUCUCCCCAGCGCCACCCAUCUGUGCCCCGACCCAUCAAGAGCACCCAAAGGUCCAUGUCAGACCCUAAGUCCCUCAGCCCCACCACAGACGAACACACCAAGGUCAGGCUGAACCUGUAUCAACAGCAAGCACUCCAGAGCCAGCUGGCAGCCCUACAGCAGAGCUCACUUCUCCGAAAGGUCAAGCGAACCCUGCCCAGUCCUCCUCCGGAGGAGACUACUGCAGCCGCUCAUCUGCCCAUGAUGACACCCGCCCUUCAACAGGUCUACCUGCCCUCCGUGCCCAGCCACAAGCCAACCUCCAGGUCUGGUCUGGCAGCUAAAGCCAGCCUCCUCAAAGACCUCACCCACGAGCUGAAGGCCGUGGAGCAAGAGUCGACCAAGCUGAGAAAGCAGCAAGCUGAACUGGAGGAAGAAGAGAAGGAGAUUGACGCUAAACUGAGAUAUCUUGAGCUGGGGAUCCACCAAAGGAAAGAGACACUGGUCAAAGAGAGGGAGAGGAGAGAUAUUGCUUACCUUAGAUGUAUGGGGGACACAAGGGACUAUAUGUCUGAUAGUGAGUUGAAUAACCUACGUUUUGCAGCUGCAGCUGCAUCACAUGAGACCAAUGGACUAAUGGCGAGGCCAAGCACUGCCCCUCUCAGCCAGUUCACCGGCGAUCUGAACACCGCAGCCCAGUACCCACCCACCUCGUCCUUCCUCUCUUGUCAGUACCCCCAGAGCCAACCUGCAGCACCUUCUCAACAAUCAAGUGUGUCAUACCAGUCCUCAACAUUCAACCAACCUCCCUAUCCAACAGUGUCCCAGUCCCAGGCACUGCCACAGCCCACACCCCUCCAGAGCCACAUUCCUCCUCUAGGACCUUCAUACCAAUCACAACCCUCCUAUUCUUCCCACACCUAUCCCCAAACUCAGCCCCCUUACCCCCAGACAGACAUGGGGAUUCCAGCUGCACCUCAGCCACAGCCUGGGCAGACAGGCUUUGGGCCUGCACCACCUGGUCAGCCUCCGUACCCCACCCACAACUCACCUUAUCCCAGCGCUGUGUCCUACCCCAGCCAGACCACUCCAUACCCUGGGCAGCCCCAAGCUGAUAUCUUGACAGUCCAUCCUGGAAGGCCCAGGCAGACUUCACUUGCGGAUUUGGAGCAUAAGAUGCCCACCAACUACGAGACGAUCAGCAACCCCACGGUCGUGGUCACCACCACGGCCCAGGAUGCUACCUAUUCCAGUGCAGCCCCCUCUUAUGGUCAGUACACUGGAACAACAACCAUGGCCAGCUCAUAUGGGCCCUAUGGCUCAGCACCAGUGUCCAGUAGUUACGGUGGGUACUCUACCAUGCCACCAAGCACUUAUGGGCCAUAUACUUCAACACCAGCUAAUUCAUAUGGCCAGUACACCACAACCACUGCUAAUACUUAUGGCUACACUACCACCACAGCCAGUUCGUAUGGACAGUACACUUCUACAGUUUCCAAUGCUUAUGGGCAUGUAGAUAAUCCCUCAACCUACAACACAGUAGAGGGGAUGUACGGGGCUCCUGGCUUAGAACAAAACAUGCCAAGAAACUACAUGAUGAUCGAUGAUGUAAGUGAGCUUACGGCAAAAGACGGGCUGGGCACGGCGACAGUGGACAUGAUGCAUCAUGGCGGUAGUGGGCGUUACCCGGGCGACAUCCACAGCCACAGCAGCACCAUUGGCAGCACGACGCGUGGGGGAACUAGCAGCUCCUCGUACGGCAGGGCACCCGAGGAGGAAGCAACGAUGCAGGAAGAACUGUACGACCACCACGGCAGGGGUAAGAGCAGCUACAGACACGGACCUCUAGGGGGCAGCAGCAGCAGCGUGAAUGCUAGCAUGGGUGGGGGAUCGCCCUAUUACUAUGACUUCGACUACAAACAUGGCAGCAUCCGCUCCGGGGUACAGAAACCUUCACCAUCCUCUAGAAGCCUUCUGGCUCCUGCUGUCAUGUCCUCCAAGCGCAGCAAGCACAGAAAGCUUGGGAGUAUUGAGCAAAAAAUCUCCAAGUUUUCCCCCAUUGAGGAGGCGCGGGAUGUGGAGGCAGAACUGGCCUCCUAUUCCUCAACGACAGGUGGGGCUUACCCCUCUUCCCACAUUCGAGGGCGCCAGCUGAUCGAGGAUUACGGCUUUAAGAAGGUUGCUUACGAGGCCGGCAGGGGAACCAGUCAUGGUACUCGGUAUUAUGGUUCUAUGGGUGAGGAGGACGAUCGGAUUUACUACAACUCCACUGGCCGAUCCCGUUCCACCGGCUAUGGCAUGGACAAGAUCUCAGCCAGGGACUACUCUGGGUAUCGCAGUCGAUCCUAUGAGAGGGACGAUCGCUCCUACCCAUCCAGCUACAGCCAUGGGCGCAAACCAACCAGGCAGUUCUCUGAAGAGGAGAAUCCACUCAGUCCCCUGGGGAGGUUCAUUCGUUCUGGUCGAUCCUCAAGCUUAGGUCCCGACCCGAACGACAGCCGCAGCAGUAGAUAUCAUUACUAUUAUGGCCAAUAUGGUUCCAGCCACUCGCUUCCAGAUGUACAAGACCACAUACGGGACCUUCCUCGGACACAUGUCUACAAAUCGGAUGAUACGUACAUUAUAGACGAUUAUCAUUGCGCUGUGUCAGACAGCGAAGCCUACCAUCUUGGCCAGGAAGAAACCGACUGGUUUGAGAAGCCACGCUCCAGUUCUCGACACUACGGAAGCAGCCACUCGACUGGGAGAAGCCGGCACAAUGUCAAACACACCUACCACGAUUAUGAUGAGCCUCCUGAGGAGGACCUGUGGCCCCAGGAUGAGUAUGGCCAUGGCGGUCGACACUCUACAUCCCGUGACCAACGGCCUCAAGGCAGCUCAAGUCGACACUCGUCCUCAUCACGUCAUUCAGAUGAGCCAAGGUCUUCAAGGUCAACUAAGGGGCACCCCAAAGACCCGUCAAUGAGACAUGAGCCUUCAGGACGGUCGUCAUCUACAGGAAGGCGUGGCGAGUCAAGGUCCGGGGGAUACCACUCUUCAGAAUACUCGCGGGAUCCGUCUGGACACCAUCACGGCCAGCGAUCCUCCAGACAGGGAGACCCACACAGAUCUUCACGCAGCAAGUCUCAGCCGCCAGGGGACAUGCAGGGCCAACCACCAGGCUCCUCCAGGUCUGGCAGCAGCUCUGCCCGGGCUCAGGGCCCCGCAGGCGGAUCUACGGGAUCAGGGCGACAGGGCGGUCAUGGCUCCCAGACAGAUGUUGGACCCGGACAGAGGGCCCAGCUCCAACAACAAGCCCAGACAUCAGCGGCCAGGCCAGGGCAGCCCGGUUCCACAGCAACCACUGGCCCUAUGCAGCAGACCCCAACACAGGGUCAAGGCAUGGGCAUGGGUAUGGGCAUGGGGCAGGUCCAGGUCAAGCCAGGGCAGAUUGGUCCAGCAGGUGGAUCCAUGGGUCAGGCCAGGCAGACGGGUCCGGCAGGAACCACACCAGUAUCCAUGGCCAAGAUCGACACUCCUCCGGUAACAGCUAUUGGAGCCAAGGCAGCGCCCGUCAUGGCUUCAAAAGCAGCCCAGCCCCCACUGACAGGCAUAGGCUCCAAGGCAGGCCCUAGACCAGGAGGUAUUGGCAGUGCAGCAGCAGGCCAGCCUGGCAUGGAGGGAGACAGCAUCAUGUCCAAGAUCCUGCCAGGAGGCGCCGCUGAGCAGGCCGGCAAACUGGGAGACGCUAUCUCCGGUUUCGGCAAGAAGUUCACCUCUUUAUUCUGAGGUGCCCACAUUAAGGACUAUGUAAAUGUCAACUGAUGAAGUCAUGAGGCCUCGUACCAGAAAAACCUGUGACGUUCCUCCUGCUUUUGUUUUACUAAAAGAGAGAGAGAGAGAGAGAGAUGGAGGAGAGAGGGUUGUUGGGGGAACAGAGACAAGAGCUGAGAAAACUGCCAACACGGACCGGGAUCCUCCAGAUACUUCAUGUCUCAGGCCUGAGCAGAGGCUGACAGAGAGAAGCCGCCGCUCUCUCUGACGGGCCAGACAAUCAUUCCAAGAUCCAAGGUCCGUCCUAAGAAGGGCAACCCUCAGUCAUCC